AAAGUUUCCACGUAUCUGGUCAAUGAAAAGAAUUAUUUUCUCUUGAUUAUUUUUAAGAAAUACGAGGAUUAUUAAAUCCGAUAUUCAAUAAUGUUUCAAGAACCUGACUACAGAGAAAACCUAUCAUUGAAGUUAUCAGAGGUUUUAGAUGACAUUUGUGUCAAUGAAAGAAUGGUGAUGAGAAGGAGAAGAAAUUACAUGCUGCAAGAGACUAUUAGUAAUAUGAUGCACAAGUUUACUGGUACAAAUAUUAUUGAAUAUAACCUAGGGAGUCAGAGUGAAGGUACAACUACAAGAGGGCUUGGUUCAGACCUAGAUAUACUAUUUUGUAUGCAUGAUUACAAUAUAAUAGAAGACUGGUCGGAGUGGGAACAUGACAAGAAAAACUAUCUCAUGAUACACGAUGAGAACACAACCCCCGGGUAUUGUUUCUUACAACUGCUUCGAACUGAUGAACCUCUCCCUGUUACUGUCAUUCUUGAUGAAGACCAUAUUAUUGACAGAAAAGGAAGAAUUUUGUUAAAAAACACAAUGAUAAAUAUUUUACUUGAUGGGGAUUCACAACAGCAUGGACCAUCUAUUGCUCUAGAAGGACAACAUGGAUCAACUGAUAGAGACAUAGUUAUAGCUCUUCCCUGUAAAACAUGGCCUCAAUCAGCAUCAGGUUGGUUACAGAGACAAGGUAUUAGCAGAUGGCCCACGCAAGAGAUGAGAAGAUAUGCAGCCAGUACUGGGUGUUUUGUUGUUCCAACUGGAAGUAAGGUUAGUGAAUAUCCUGAACUGGAAUGGAGAAUAUCUACAUCUCUGCCAGAAAGGUGUCUAAUGGUUAAUCUAAAUAUAACAGAAAUAAGGUGUUAUGUGUUAUUGAAAAUGAUUCUUAAAUCCUUCCUAAAUCCUCAAAAAGAAAUCAAUAUAUCAAGUUUCAUGUGUAAAACAGUUCUUUUACAUUGUAUACAAAACACAGAGACAAGUGUAUGGAAAGAUAACAAUUUAUAUACAUGUUUAACAUACUGCUUAUUGGAAUUACACAGUUGUGUACAGAAUGAAUGCUGUUCACAUUUCAUUAUACCGGAAAAUAAUGUAAUGGCAGGGCAAUUCACAGCUGAGACAAAACAUGAACUUUCACGAAAUAUUUGUGAACUUAUACAGGAUGAUGGACAAGGGUUACUUAGCAUUGAUAUUGAUGAUUUUAGUCAGAGACUUCAAGUUAAACUGAACAUGAUACCACAUGGAGUUUACUAUUUUAUUUCCUCUCUUAAAAUAUAUGAACAUGUUUUGACUAAUGGAUAUAUAAACAUUGCACGUCGAACAAGUGUAUGCCAUGGCUUUAUUUUAAAAAAAAUACACAAUCAAAACCUUGGAAUAAUAAAGCAAUUUGUAGGUAAACUAAUGACCUUCAGUGAUAAUGGUAAAAUAUUACAUCAUGCUGCAUUCAAGUUUUUAUCAUCUUUUCUUUUUACUACAUAUGGAUCUAUCCUAGCAUCAUCUAGCAUUGGUGUAAAUAAUCAAUUGUCACCUGAAGCAUUGGUCUUGCUAUCAGCUGGUUUAAACUCAGAUAUUUCAUCUAGCAGACUUAAAUUGGCUUCAGUGUUCUACAGUACAGGAGAUAUAGAGAAAGCUGAACUAAUUGUGAGACACACUGAACAGCAAUAUUACUCUAAUCCUGUUUUACCUAUGUGUAGCUGCUUGAAAAAAGUCUAUACAGUAACAGCAGAAUUCAAGAGGGUAUGUGGUGAACAAAGUGAGGACUGUAUCAAGCAUAUAACUGCAUUUUGUGUCACAUUUAUACAAAAAGAGAUCAACUGUGUUCCUCAAGAACUACAAUAUGAAAUGUUCAGAUCUACACAAGAUGACAUGAUACAGAGACAUCGGAAUAAAGACUGUUGGAUGGACUGGGCUGUAGUUGAUUCUCUACCUUUCCUACACUUCCUACAAUACAAGAUCUACAGUCAUCUACAAAGGCAUCAAGAUCAACAAGAAGCACUUGGUAAACUUAUAAGAACCAUAAUCACUAAUGAAGACCUUGGACAUAGGGACACAGCUUUAAAUAUUUUAGGACAAUGUAUGGAACAAGAAAACAAACCUCAACAAGCAUUAAAAUGCUACCUACUUUCUCUUCAACAAAGGGCAAGAAACAAUGCAGCAAAUUUCCAUAUAUGUAAGCUCAUUUCUGGGUUACUGGUUAAUCAAUAAAAUGGGAUAAAAAAAAAGAAAAAUUUGAAGAAUUAAGUUUUCAAUAAUCAUAUACUGCUUGUGUUUAUCAAACUGAUUGAAAUGUAAUAACAUUUUCUAUCACAUUUCAUUUUGAAAUAACAUUAAACAUGAUAAAUUGAAAGCAUGAAUCCAACUUCAAUGACUGAUAUCUGACUUAGCAUACAUUUGAGAGCGAAGAGCUUCUUGCGAAAAGUACCAUAGUGCGUGCGCAAAUAUAUAUAUGUCAAUUAAUGCAAAAAUCAGUGAAAAUUCAAAAAUUAAACCUUCAAGGUCAAGGUCAUAAAAUAGUCAAGCUAAAUUUCAGUUGAUAAACAUUAUGUUCACAUCCUAAAGAAUGUUCUGUUAUAAUAUGAAGUCAAUCAAUUCAAUAAUAACAAAGUAACAGUCAGUUACAGCAAAAAUGUGAAAAUUUAAAUAAUUUACCUUCAAAGUCAAGGUCAUUUAUGAGUGAAGGUCAAGGUCUGCCUGGUUUACUUAAAGGGCUAUCCUAAAGGGUUGUUUUGGCCAAGAAUGAAGACAAUACACCAUGAACUUAAAAAGUAGUGAUCAAAGUACAAGUUAGUGGACGGCAACGCCAACAUGUCAGUAACAAUACCUCUACUUUUUUAUUAAAUAAAAAUAAAAAAUAAAAAGUCGAGCUAAAAAUGUCUCUUUUGCAUUUUUUGUUUGGGGUAUGAGAUAAAUAGAAAAUUUUAUUUGUGUAGGUUCAUUACUGCAUUUAUUGAACUUGUUGUAUAAAAUAAUAUCAUCCUCGCCAGAGGCUCGCAUAAUGAUUUAAUUCAACUCGUUCAAUAAAAUCAGAGAAGUGUCCCAAUCGGAAUGAUUUUACACGGAUUUAAAGAAGUUCUACCUAUGUUUCAGAUUUAUACAGAAACAGGGAGUGUAAUCUUCGAUAAUAUGAAACGAAUGUAUAUAUUUAACAUACUCAGGAAAAUAUAGUUUGUUUUGGUUCAAUUAUAAUUUAAAAUCUGUCUAACAAACAUUUUUAAUUUCAUAUGCCAACUUAAUGUCAGGUGUUCGCAUUUGUACUCUCAAAUUCUACAACCAUUAUAAAAAGUACAUAAAUAAUGUAUUGUUAGCUGUUAUAUCUAUGAAUUACCUUAUUUUAGGUGGAAUUUUACUGAACUCUUUAUCUCAUGAGCAUAUUGUGAAAAAAGGCCGUUUUCAUUGAAAAGCCCACUGUUACAAUUUUAAACUGCUACGAAACUAUGAAAAAUGCUUCAAUACUGAUGAAACUUGGCACAAAUGUUGACUGGACCAUGGCCUUUGUAACUCAAUCUUAAAUUUCCUGUUAGAAUGGUAACGGAAAAGGACGUCUCAAAAUUGCCAAAAAUCACAAAAAAAUUUGCAUUGUUUUUCUUUUUAUCAAAUCUGAUUCAAAGUGCUGCAACUUUUCAAUGGAUUUAGAUGGAGUAAAAGGCUUUAAAGCGUUGGUUACACGUUAUCUUACGAUCGAGAUGAGGUCAUUUUUAGCCUGUCACAUGUCCAAAAUUUUCUUGGCGAUGAGGGGGGAGUCGCCCCCUUCAAACCCCUGAACAGAAGGGGACACAUCCCCCUUCUGGCAACCCCUUGAUGUACCUUUUUGAUAGGGGCGGCGCCGAAAAAGUGAUCAUAUUUUAAUCAACAUUUCUCAAACGACAAACAGUGUUUGCGACCUAAAUAUGAUAAAUUUUGUUACUGUUUGAGGCCUCAAAAAGGUGGUGGAUGAAAAGCCGUCAAAACACGUCUGUAUGAGGUAAAGGGUUAAUAUAUCGGGGUGAAAAUUGUCAACAACUCCUAGCAUUAAAUUACUAUUUGUUUACAUGCUUAUUAUUAGCGUAGGUUGAAUUGAAAUAAUGUAUUCAUCAUACUUCUUUUGGUAGUGUAAUUCAAGAUACAAGACUGUGGCCUCUGCUAGUAACAGUCUGAAUUGUGUAGACGCUUUGUUAAAUGUUUUGCAAAAGCCACCUGUAAUCUUAAAGUAGCUCCAAGAUAGAACCAGUCAAAGAUCUUUAAAAUUGGCAGCGCCCUGCUAACUAAAGAUUUUUAUUUUUUCUCAAACUUGUAAGACUUUGACUUAUAUUUUUCAUUGACUUUUCUGUGAUUUCAAUUAAAGUCAUACAUGUUAUCUAAGAGUGCUACAGCUUUCAGGCUUUCGCAUUUUAUUGCAUAUAAAGUUAUUUUUCAUUAAAUAGUUUAAUAUGAUUGUUAUAUCUUUAGAAAAUCUGUAAAAUAUGCUAUAUCUUUAGAAAGUCUGUAAAGUCUUAUUUUACAGAUUAAAACAUACAUUUUCAAAACAAACUUUUCCUUCAUUUUGGCCUUUUCCGUCAAAUUUCGAACAAGAACAUAAAAACGAAUCCAAGUUUAGUUUAGGCUGAACAUCAGAAAACAAAUUUAUGCUUAAGAUUCACAUUUGUUUGCUUAUUCUUUACUUUUAUUGUUUUCUUCAUUUAUCUGUUUAGUCCAUGAUGAACCAAGAAUCUUUACUUGCUAAUAUUAUAAUGAUAAAGUUUCUUGACAAUACUGCUAUACAGCUUAUUUCAGAUAUGAUGUUUGAUUGUGAAUA